AUGAGGAACAUCUCCGUUCAUGUCAUUGUUAUAAUGUUGGUUGAACGAUUUUUCUCUAAAAUUCAAGCUGCUGGUUUUGCAUCAGUACAGGAUUUUGGAGUCUUGGAUUACGCAUUGACUAAGCGUAAGAGUAACCAAAACAUGAAAUUCUUUAUAGCCGCCUUAGCACUAUUGGGUGCAGCUUCUGGGGCCAUUUUCCCCGGCAGUGCAAACAUUCCGUUGCCAGGUUCGGAUACGUUUACCCAACAACAGGCUGCCUAUUGGACCUCGGUUAGCAAGCAGAUUGAAGAUCAAGGCAAGAAGUUCACUGGAAAGAUUACUCUGGACAAUCUUAACUAUGGUCCUGCUUAUGCCGGUGAAAUCAAGUCCACAGCGGAAGUUCCCCCAGUUCAAGAUACGAAAUACUACACUGGCUAUAUCAAAGGUCCUGUAGAACCACCAGUAGUUUCUGCAGCUGAUGUAUUGAACAAUCAUGUAGACAAAAAGGCUUUUGGCAAAAUUACCUUUAAUAAUAUCAACUAUGCUGGUCUUGGCAACACUGAGUCGCUUCCUCCACCCCCCGGCUCUGAUGAUUUUACCAACCAACAAGGUGCUUAUUGGUCAGCUGUUCGCCAACAAAAUGGGGAUAAGAAAUUCACCGGCAAAAUCCGAUUGGAUAACUUGAAAUAUGGUCCUGGCUAUGCUGGAGAUAUCACUAGUGAUUCUAACAGUGAAUCGCUUCCCCCACCUCCCGGCUCUGAUGAUUUUACCAAUCAACAAGGUGCUUAUUGGUCAGCUGUAAGCAAGCAAAACGAGCAACCUGAAAAGAAAUACUACACUGGCUUGGUAUACAUACCAGGACAAGAUGAUGCCGCACCUACCAAUGCCGAUGGAGCUGAUACCAUGAGUGCCGCUGUUAUGCCCGGCUCUGAUGAUUUUACCAAUCAACAAGGUGCUUACUGGUCAGCCAUUAGCAAACAAAAUGAGGAUAAGAAAUUCACCGGCAAAAUCCGAUUGGAUAACUUGAAAUAUGGUCCUGGUUAUGCUGGAGAUAUCCCUAGUGAUUCCAACACUGAAUCGCUUCCCCCACCUCCCGGCUCCGACGAUUUUACCAAUCAACAAGGUGCUUAUUGGUCAGCUGUGAGCAAGCAAAACGAGCAACCUGAAAAGAAAUACUACACUGGCUUGGUAUACAUUCCAGGACAAGAUGAUGCCGCAGCUACCCCCGUUGAUGGAGAUGAUACCAUGAGUGCCGCUGUUAUGCCCGGCUCUGAUGAUUUUACCAAUCAACAAGGCGCUUACUGGUCAGCCAUUAGCAAACAAAAUGAGGAUAAGAAAUUCACUGGCAAAAUCCAAUUGGAUAACUUGAAAUAUGGUCCUGGUUAUGCUGGAGAUAUCCCUAGUGAUUCCAACACGGAAUCGCUGCCCCCACCUCCCGGUUCUGAUGAUUUUACCAAUCAACAAGCCGCCCAUUGGUCAUCUGUGAGCAAUGGAGAUGAUACCAUGAGUGCUGCUGUUAUGCCCGGCUCUGAUGACUUUACCAACCAACAAGCUGCCUAUUGGUCCUCACAAACUGAGAAUCCAGAAGAUCAAUAUCACACCGGUUUGGUUUACAUUCCCGGUCAGGAUGACGACAAAUACCUUACAACUGUGGAAGAAGCUCUCCAAAAACCAGAAGAUCAAUAUCACACCGGUUUGGUUUACAUUCCCGGUCAGGAUGAUGACAAAUACCUAACCACUGUAGAAGAAGCUCUCCAAAAACCAGAAGAUCAAUAUCACACCGGUUUGGUUUACAUUCCCGGUCAGGAUGAUGACAAAUACCUAACCACUGUGGAAGAAGCUCUCAAGAAACCAGAAACGGAAAAGAAAUUCUACACCGGUUUAACUCCUCCUCCACCUGAACAAAAAUAUUAUACCGGUUUGAUUCCUCCCCCAGAGCAAAAGUAUGCUACAGGUGCCAUUCUUCCGGAAGACCUUAAACCUCAACCACCUAAGAAGGAGUACUACACUGGUUUGCUUAUUCCUGAAGAAUUCAAAACCCAAGAGCCUGAAAACAAACAAUACUCCGGUUUGCUUCCUCCCACUGGUACCAAUAACCAAAAACCCCCAAAGCAGUACUACACUGGUCUACUAAUUCCUGAAGAACUUAAAAAUCAACAACCUGUAAAGCAGUACUACACUGGUCUGAGUAUUCCUGAAGAAUUCAAAACCCAAAAGCCUGAAAACAAAUAUUUCACCGGUUUGCUUCCUCCCACUGGUAGCAAUAACCAAAAGCCCGAACAGAAAUAUUACACCGGUUUGCUUCCACCCACUGGUACCAAUAACCAAAAACCCCCAAAGCAGUACUACACUGGUCUUCUAAUUCCUGAAGAACUUCAAAAUCAACAACCUGUAAAGCAAUACUACACUGGUUUGAGUAUUCCUGAAGAAUUCAAAACCGAAAAGCCAGAAAUCAAAUAUUACACCGGUUUGCUUCCUCCCACUGGUGCCAAUAAUCAAAAACCACAAAAGCAGUACUACACUGGACUGAGUAUUCCUGAAGAAUUUAAAAAUCAACAACCUGUAAAGGAGUACUACACUGGCCUUCUUAUUCCUGAAGAACUUCAAAAUCAACAACCUGUAAAGCAAUACUACACUGGUUUGAGUAUUCCUGAAGAUCUCAAAAAUCAACAACCUGUAAAGCAGUACUACACCGGGCUGAGUAUUCCUGAAGAAUUCAAAACCCAACAGCCUGAAAACAAAUAUUACACUGGUUUGCUUCCUCCCUCUGGCACCAAUAACCAAAAACCCCAACAGAAAUAUUACACCGGCUUGCUUCCUCCCACUGGUGCCAAUAACCAAAAACCCCAACAGAAAUAUUACACCGGCCUAACUCCUCCCACUGGUGACUAUUGGAACUCCUACAACUAUGCACAGCAAACUCCCAAAAAGGAUUACUAUACCGGUUUAGCAUAUUACCCAGGUCAAUACUCAUCUUUUGGCGAUUAUUGGACCCAACAAUCCAGCAGACAUUCGUAUCCCAGUUAUUCUUAUCAUCAAACCAGUGUAAAAGUUCCACGUGUAUCAAGUUUGUGGUAUAAUUGGUACAGUAGCCCAAGUUACUUCCCCAACACCGGCUACAAUUCCUAUUUCUUCUAGAUGUGAUCCAGUUGUAGCAUGUUAGGAUCGUAGAGACAUCACAUUUUAGUUGCAUUAUAGAAUUUUUUACCGUUUAAUUGUAAACUGGUCAA